CCACUUGCAGUUGCUGAGUCGCUCUCAUAUUCGCUCAUCUCGUCACCCUGAGAGCAAGCGAGAUGACCUAACGUAACGUUUUCUGCGGGUAUUCAAUACAAAAAAUUGGUUUUGGUAGGUGGCCGAGGGAUGUAUUUAUUUUUAUUUCUAUGAAAAACUGGCGGAAAUUUCAAAAGCGAGGAAACACCGAGGCACGCAUACGCUCGUUGGAGAAAAGUUUAAAUCUCUGCGUUGCAUGGGAGAAUUAAGGUAAAUCGGGACUUGCAACUCCCCGACUUCCGAGUUAGAAAUGGACAACAUAUGUGACAUUUCAUCAUAAUUCGUUUGUUAAUACACCGUCGUGUGUAGCUGUGAACUUUAUCGAGUGGCUUGUUUGACAAAUGGUGUGCGGUGUAACCAGUUUAUCCGGCUGGCCAGGAGUUGCGAGGUAGUUUGACUUCCAGGUGAAGCGCCACGGACGAGUGCAGCUCCUCCGAUUAAACGGAGCCUUUUCACCAUCAUGGCUGGAGUGAGUAAUGCCCACCUGAAAACCCUUGAGGACCUGACUUUGGACUCUGGCUAUGGAGCGGGAGACUCGUGCAAAUCUCUCAGCCUGUCCUCCUCCAAAUCGAACUCCCAGGCCUUCAUGACGACCCCUCACCGGGGCAACUGGUGGUACUACUCGGGCUCCAUGAACAGCAGGAACAACAGCUGGGACACGGUCAACACUGUCCUCCCCGAGGACCCGGAGGAUAUUUUCUCCAAAUGUCCCCGCUUGCCUGAACUGGAGGAGUUCCCCUGGACCGAGGACGAGGUGGGCCGGAUCCUGCGUAAAGUGGCCGAGAGUGGCACCCCGAAGGGCGGCCACGCACCGGCGUUCAGCUCGGAAACCGUGCGGCGAUUGUCCGCCCUGCUCCGAAAGGCUCUCAUCCGCAUCUCGAGGGAGGCUCAGCGGCUGAGUGUCAUGCACUGCCGCUGCACACGCUUCGAGGUGCAGAGCGCCAUGAGGCUGGUACUCAGUUGGGCCCUGGCCGACUACUGCGUCUCGGCCACGGUCAAAGCAAUCUCCAUGUACAGCAUGAGCGCCGGCGAGAUGCUGAGGAAGGGCAAAUCGGCCCGUUGCGGCCUGACCUUCUCCGUGGGACAUUUCUUUCGCUGGAUGGUGGACACUCGCAUAUCUGUGCGUAUCCACGAGUACGCCGCAAUAUGCCUGACCGCCUGCAUGGAAGCUCUGGUGGAAGAGAUCGCUGCCCGGGUGCUGAUGAGCGACCGGAGUCACCCGGGGCCAGAUUCAGGGUCAUCAUGUGGCCCAGUGAGUGUCGAGGCCUUGGAGGGAGUGGUGAACAAUGAAGCGGAAUUGUGGGGAGUCCUGCAGCAUUAUGAGCACCUGAUCUGUGGGAAGAACGCAAGCGGUGUUUUGUCACUGCCGGCCCAUUUCAGUCCCUACACCGAGAAUCAUCAGGCAUCUGUCGACUGCAGGGAGGAUGCCUAUGCCCAACUGGAGCUCAGGACGCUGGAACAGUCACUCCUAGCUACCUGUGUGGGCAGCAUCUCCGAACUCAGUGACCUGGUAUCCCGUGCAAUGCACCACAUGCAACGCCUGAGCUCAGUGCGUCCGGGUCUCAGUCCUGCCCGCCAUUCACGCCCGCAGUCUGUGUCCUGGUCGCCUGACGCCCUCCAUACCCUCUACUACUUCCUGCGAUGCCCGCAAAUGGAGUCGAUGGAGAAUCCCAAUUUAGACCCCCCGCGUAUGGCACUAAGCAAAGAGAGGCCCUUCCUCUUGCUGCCGCCUCUGAUGGAGUGGAUCAGAGUGGCCAUAGUCCAUGCUGAACAUCGUAAGAGUCUGCUGGUGGACACCGAUGAUGUCAGACAGACUGCCAGGUUGCUCCUUCCUGGACUGGACUGUGAACCCAGACAGCUUAAGCCCGAAUGCUGCUUCAGCUCCUUCAAGCGUUUGGACUCCAAGGCAGCAACAGACAAGUUCCACCUAGAUUUGGGCUUCCGGAUGCUCAACUGCGGCCGCACGGAUCUUAUCGGCCAAGCCAUCGACCUGUUGGGGCCCGAUGGUGUCAACAGCAUGGAUGACCAGGGCAUGACCCCUCUGAUGUACGCAUGUGCAGCUGGAGAUGAGGCCCUCGUUCAGAUGCUGAUUGAUGCUGGUGCCAACCUUGAUGUGGCGAUUCCGCCAUGCUCCCCGAAGCACCCGUCUGUGCAUCCUGACAGCCGUCACUGGGCGGCGCUCACCUUCGCCGUGCUGCACGGGCACAUCUCAGUCGUGCAGCUACUCUUGGAUGCUGGGGCCAAUGUGGAGGGAGCGGCAGUCCGGAAUGGACAGGAGAACACGGCGGACACACCACUGCAGCUGGCUUCAGCAGCAGGCAACUAUGAGAUGGUGACCUUGCUGCUGGCAAGAGGUGCUGACCCGUUGUCAAAGGCCCGUGACGGAAACGCGCUGACAUCAUCCCUCUACGAAGACAUGAACUGCUUCAGUCACGCUGCAGCACAUGGCCACAGGAACGUGCUGAGAAAGCUCCUGACUCAGCCUCAGAAAGUUCAAGAGGACGUCCUGUCUCUGGAGGAGAUACUGGCAGAGGGGGUUGAGGGGGAGGAGGCCAUGAUCUGCCCUUUCCUCCCUCUUUCCACCCUGCCCAACCCUUCCCCUGGCCCGGGGGCUGUACCGGAGGGAGGCUUAGCCAGACUGUGCAAGGCCAGGAUGAAGGCGUUGCAGGAGGCCAGCUACUACAGCGCCGAACAUGGCUACCUGGACGUCACCAUGGAGCUGCGAGCGCUGGGCGUUCAGUGGAAGCUCCACGUGUGGCUCGAGUCCCUGCGGUGUGCCCAGCAGCAGUCCAGGGUGGGCGUCACGUUGUCCCUCCUCAGGGAGUUCACCUCCAUCAGAGAGGAAGAUUACUGUGAGGAGCUGCUCACCGUGGGCCUGCCCCUCAUGUUCAACAUCUUGCGCACCACCAAGAGUGAUGCCAUCAUCCAACAGUUGUCACAUAUUUUUAGCCACUGUUUUGGCCCAGCUCCUCUUCCUACUGUCCCCGACAUGAAGGCAACUCUCUCAGCACAGUUGGAUCCCCACUUCCUGAAUAAUCAGGAGAUGUCAGACGUAACUUUCUUGGUGGAAGGCAAACCUUUCUAUGGCCACAGAGUCCUGCUCAUCACAGCUUCUGACAAAUUCAAAUCUCUGCUGGCAUCCUCUGGUUCCGAUACCACUGCUAACAAGAAGAUCGAGAUCAGCGAUGUCAAAUAUAAUGUGUUCCAGAUGAUGAUGUCAUACCUGUACUGUGGAGGAACAGAGUCGCUUAAAACCAGGGUGCCUGAUUUGUUGGAGCUGUUGUCAGCCGCUUGUGUGUUCCAGCUGUGGGCGCUGCAACGACACUGCGAGCUCAUCUGCUCUCAACACAUCAGCUUGGAGAAUGCAGUUAGCAUCUAUAAGACUGCCAAGGCGCACGGGUCAGCGGAGCUGAGCUCGUUUUGUGAAGGCUACUUCCUGCAGCAGAUGCCUGCGCUGAUGGAGCGAGAGACUUUCAGGUGUCUGCUGCUGGGAUGCCGACAAGGCAGCGGCUCCACCUCUACGCUGGCCCUCAACCAAGGCGAAUCACUCCUGGAGGAGCUCGAGGUCACUCUGGCCCGUCGGCUUCGCUCGCUCUACGUCACAUCCAGAGUUUGAGGACACGUGGACAACAUGCAAAAACACAGGCAUCGUUUCCCUUCGGCAACACAUAUGUGGUGUCGAUCACCCACAGUGACUUUUGUAGUAUACUGAGUACACCACCUGGACGUAUUUGUGGUGGACAGAAUGUUUUUAAGGAAAAGGGCUCAGGAAGCUUUUUGGUGGAUGAUGGCAGAAAUGCAAGUGGAACUGUGAGCCAAUGGUGCCCUCUAGUGGGCAUAAUGGUAAAUAACCGCCUUGGAGCCAGUAGCUCUCCAGAGUGAAGCACAAGUGGCCAUGCUGGACUUGUGGCCUUGUCCCAUUUGAACUAACCAAUACCUGUAAUGCAAAAUGCAAGGUCAGUGACGCGCGUUUCUCAACAUUUCCUCCUCCCAAUAACCACAUAAUCCACACUUUCUGAAUUUCUAUUUAAUGACAAAAAAUGUGAGUAUUUAACAGGGUCUUUGCGUUUAUUUUUUUUCUUUUUAAUCCAAAUUGUUUUUAAUGUUGUUUUCACUGUUCGAGGUACACUCUUAACAGUCACUUAAGCUUAAAUAUGCUAAGGCUGAAUGCUUUGUGGCAACAGAAUCAUAUGGGAUUUUGAAAAAGUUGUCAAACCUUUUCUAAUAAAUAUACACUUGGUAUACAACCGUCGUUGAUGGAAUUCAGUAAUGCUUCAUUGUAAAUACCAGGUGGCUCAGGGACAGAUCAAGAAACAGUGAAUUAAAUAUACAGUACACUAGAUAAUGGUGCCUGUGGGCUGUUCAGAAAAUAGCUCACUGGUCAUAGGGCAUUGUGAUUUCCUUGGAAUUUUGUGGAAGUUAUUUGAAACACUUUCAGAGAAUUAGCGAAAAAAUGUUGCAUAUCGAUAUUCAUAUAUUUCUCGUUUCGCUAAAUCGAUAAUGUGAGGAAUGACACGAUCAGUGUCUUGAUGUUGAGGAGUGUCAUUAACAUAUAAUUAAAGCAAAUUUGUACUUGUAAUUUGCUGGGGACUCACCACAAGCACGGAAGAAAAAGAAAGACACCAUAACGGAAUGAUUUUAUUUUCUUAGCACUGAUGAUGCUCACAGUAGUUAUGUUAUAUAUGGGGAUUACAUCAGUCUGUGUAGUUCCUGCUCUGACUCUCUGUAUCAUUGACUGUCCUCUGAGCUGCGUUCUGUCCAUUCAUAGAAACAAAGGAGAGUUGACAUGAGGGUAUUGCUUUGUAUUGAUAAGUAUUGAUAUCCUCUCCCUGUGCCUUCUGUAUACCCACAUAAGACAGCUCAGAUGUCCGAGACCUCUGUGGAAUGGCGUAGAGUGAGAGGCAUUGCUCAAAAACGUUGAGCACAAGAUAAAGAGGAGGA